AAGUUCAAAUUCUAUUGGGCACUGCCUUGUCAGACAGCUGAAAGCAAAGAUUAGCUUUUCUAUGGGGGCUUUGGGAGGUAAUCAAAACAACUCCAUUGCGUUGAGAUAGAAAAUUGAGGGGUUGAUUGUUUAUGAUCAUUUUAGAGUGUGUCAAGUUUUGGUCAGGACAGGGAUUUUAAUGCCGGUUUCUGGAGAGGUUUCUAACAGUUUUCCCAGUGGUGAUGCUCCUGUACAGAUCCAGAGUCUGCAGGAUACCUCCUCUUUCAUUAGAUUUACUGGAGUCUGAGGAUUUUUUCCCUCUGAAAUGGCAUGACACAAAAUUGUAGGCUGUGUCCCGAAGCUGCUAAGGCCCUUAAAGUUUUCCACAAGCCUGGGACAGCGGUCACAGACAUCUUCUAUAUCAUCACUGGUCAUCAUGCCAUCCCUGCCUAAUGAUGGAGACAUUCCAGGGUCUUCCCACCUGAACCUCUCUUCAGAUAUGCCCUAUCAAAGUACCAUUAAAAAUAAAGUCAGAAAGAAGAAAAAGAACGGAGUCAUCACGGCGAAUGUUGCUGGAACAAAAUAUGAAAUUGUUCGUGUAGUAAUAGAUGAACUGGGAUUUGUGAAAACUCGAGAUGAAGAUGAAACCGGUAACCUCAUAUGGUGCGAUUCUGCCGUCCAGCAGGAGAAGAUUGCCGAACUUAGAAACUAUCAGAGAAUCAACCAUUUUCCAGGCAUGGGCGAGAUCUGCAGGAAGGAUUUCCUAGCAAGAAACAUGACCAAGAUGAUCAAGUCUCAACCUCAGGAAUAUUCCUUUAUUCCUCGAACCUGGAUCUUUCCUGCAGAAUACACCCAGUUCCAGAAUUAUGUAAAGGAGUUAAAGAAGAAGCGGAGGCAGAAAACUUUCAUAGUGAAACCAGCUAAUGGUGCGAUGGGUCAUGGGAUCUCUUUGAUAAGAAUCGGUGACAAGCUCCCAGCUCAGGAUCAUUUGAUUGUUCAGGAAUACCUUGAUAAACCUUUCCUUAUGGAAGGCUACAAGUUUGAUCUACGAAUUUACAUUCUGGUAACCUCCUGUGAUCCACUGAAGAUAUUUCUGUAUCAUGAUGGGCUCGUGAGGAUGGGAACAGAGAAGUACAGUCCUCCUAGUGACUCCAAUCUGAGCCAGCUGUAUAUGCAUCUGACGAACUAUUCCGUGAACAAACACAAUGAGCACUUCGAACGAGAUGAAACCGAAGACAAAGGCAGCAAGCGUUCCAUCAAGUGGUUUACUGAGUUCCUGCAAACCCAUCACCACGAUGUCACCAAGUUUUGGAGUGAUAUUUCCGAAUUGGUGGUUAAAACCCUGAUCGUGGCGGAGCCUCACGUCUUGCAUGCAUAUCGCAUGUGCAGACCCGGACAACCUCCAGGGAGUGACAGCGUCUGCUUUGAAGUGUUGGGGUUUGAUAUUUUAUUGGACCGAAAACUGAAACCAUGGCUUCUGGAGAUAAAUCGAGCUCCAAGCUUUGGAACUGAUCAGAAAAUCGACUAUGAUGUUAAAAGGGGAGUACUGAUGAAUGCACUGAAGUUGCUAAACAUCAGGACCAGUGAUAAAAGGAGAAAUUUGGCUAAACAAAAAGCUGAAGCUCAAAAGAGGCUUUAUGGUCAAGGCUCAAUGAAAAGGCUCUCCCCAGGUUCUUCUGACUGGGAGAAACAACGCCACACACUGGAGAGGAGGAAAGAGGAACUGAAAGAGAGACUUGCCCAAGUUCGUAAGCAGAUAUCCAAGGAGGAGCAUGAAAAUCGACACAUGGGAAAUUACAGGAGAAUUUAUCCUCCUGAUGAUAAAUCACUACUUGAAAAAUAUGAAAGCUUGUUGACCACUGCCUUUCAGACAUUCCUUUCAGGAAGAGCAGCUUCACUCCAACGGGAGUUGAAUAAUCCCUUGAAAAGAAUGAAGGAGGAAGAUAUUUUGGAUCUUCUGGAGCAGUGUGAGAUAGAUGAUGAAAAGCUGAUGGGAAAAUGUGCCAGAUCUCGAGGACCAAAGCCUCUGUACUCUAUGCCAGAGAGUGCGAGCAUCCUGAGAAAACAGAAGAACUACAGCAGCGAUAGUAGUUUUGACAACAGCAGCGAUACUCUGGGGUCGGAAGAAGAAGAGAAAGAAGAAUACCAAAAUGAGAAGAGAGAGAAGAAGGUGACCUACGACCCAGCUGACCCCAAAUGCAAAUUGGUUGAACGAUCCAGCCGAAUACACUGGACACCUUCUGUUAAAGCAGUAAGGAUGCCGCCCUUCUCCUCCUCCCCAUCAUCCGCAAGCUCCAUAAGACGUUCAGUCAGUUGUCCUCGUUCCAUCUCCGUCUUGUCAAACCAGUUACCCACCACGGAGCCUCGCCCGUCCUCAGCUAAGCAAGGGAUUCCAGGCACACGGCCAUCUUCGGGGAACCGGUCCCAUUCUUUAAAUCGCAGCGCGUCUUCCGUCAAAACGGCUCACACUAACAGCCUGGGGUCCGUACAUUCGGCUGCGAGUGAGUCUUUGCUCCAUCAGAGAACAAAAGAGGAGGAAGAGGCGCUAACAAAGCAGACUCUUUUUGUUUUGAAAGAAAUGAGGAUCAGAUUUCCAGGAAAAGCCGAUGAAGAGGGAGAGUUGAUUAUAGAUGACAUCAUGGAUAACUGGAAGUACCAUAAAACAAAAAUUGCUUCAUACUGGCUCAUAAAAUUGGACUCUAUUAAACAACGGAAGGUUUUGGACAUAGUGAAGACGAGUGUCCGUUCUAUUCUCCAACGCAUCUGGAGGGUACCUGACGUUGAGUGUUUACAUUUGUAUCGCAUUUUUAACCGGGUAUUUAAUCGCUUGCUCUGGAGUCAUGGCCAAGGCCUGUGGAACUGUUUCUGUGAUUCAGGGACCUCUUGGGAGACCAUAUUCAGUAAAAGCACCGAGGUGGUGACUCCUGAUCAGCUCCAGUGUUGCCAGCAACUCGUUCAGCUUUGUAAACACUGCCUGCUAGUGGUUUACAAAUAUGCAGUGGAUUCAAGAGGAUCGCCAUCUGGAAUUAGCCCUGAUUGGGGUGACACAAGGACCAAAGUCAGGAAAUCCUCGAACCUUGAUUCACUUGAAGCUGUGGAAAUGCCUGAUGCUACUCCUGCUAUCCCAAGGUAUUUACUACCAGGAACGACACCGUUCAUCCUGAAAACACCAUCCUACAACUUUAACGUCAGUUCGUCUGGAAUGGCUCGCUCCAAUAUUUUGUUUACACCCAGAUAUGGUCAUUUGUGAAACAAAAGGGAAGUUGCCCGUGCUUUAAAAAUAAUGGCAAUGCAUUGUUAUUUUUUCAAUUAAGAAAUGCAGUGAAGUGAUAAAUGAGUGCUAUUUCAUUUAUAUAACAUGCAUUUAUAUAUAGAUAGAUAUAGAUAUACAUACCUAUAUGUAUAUCUAUAUCUGCACAUCCAUUCACUCAAAUAGUACAUUUAUUUACUAUGGAAUAUAAAAGAAGAAUUAACUCCCAACUGAUUGUAAAAGCCACCCUUUCCGGAAAUGUAUUAACCAUGUUAAAAUUGUUUACAAGAAUAUGUGAAUGUCUCCACCUUGCUAAGUUUAUAAUUAAUUCUUCCUACUAGAAACGUUAUUUUUGCUGCAGAAUGUAUAAAUUGGAAUUGAUCUUGGGGAUCUCCAUUACAGUGUUAUAUUAUUUUCUAGGUACCGAACCUUUUGACUUGAAAUAUAUUAUUUAUUGUAUAAUGCCUUGUUAAUGAUCUUAGCUAUGUUGCUAGUUUAUAAUGAUAAAUGAUAAAGAAGCCUGAGGUAGAAGAAUUAUGAUUAAUAAAUAUGCCAUUUGACUAUUUCUGUAGCCCAUUGGAAAAUACUUAUAAAAUCCAAAUCUAACUUAGAUGUCUUUUUAUUCUUCCCCGUGAAAUAAGAUACCUGUAAUUAAGAGCCUAGUAAAGUAAUGGUUUGGUCUGUGAAGACAAUCCAAUAGGGAAAUAUAUCUGAGAAGCAAAAUUAGUUCUUACCUAUAGUUUUUAGCUGAAUUAAUAUAAUAAAACAGAAGGUAAUGGUAAUUAUCAGUU